AGGCUAUUUGGAGACGCGCGAGGCGAUAAAUAAAGAUAUAAAUACGCAGCGUUCAUGUUUGGCUACGAUUUGAAAGUUUUUUUGUUAUUUCCGUUUUUUUUACUAUUUUCUCUCUCUUAUUUCGCCAUGUCUUCAAAAUACGCAUCGGUAGAUUUUGAAAUUUUCGGCAAUGUUCAGGGUGUGUGCUUCAGAAUGUACACAGAGGAUCAGGCGAAAAAGCUGGGCGUGAACGGCUGGGUGAAGAACACCAGGCAGGGCACCGUCAUCGGCCAGGUCCAGGGGCCUCCGGAGAAAGUCAACGAGAUGAAGCAAUGGCUGAGAAACGUCGGCAGUCCCAGCUCUCGUAUUGACCGUGCUGAGUUCACUAACGAGAGGGACAUUUCUAAACUGGAGGUCCGCGGAUUCGGCACUCGUUAUUGAAUUCGGCCUCCCCGACGACGGCUCCUUAACCUUUUCAGAAAGCAUCUAUGAAGAAUUCAGUCACACCGUCCUGCUGAGUCACCUUCAUUACCAGACUGUUUCACACCAUGAACGUUAUCUCUAAGUCCAUAAAGUUAUUUAACCAAAACCUUAACUACUA